CACACAGUGCACAUGACCGCUGUGGACGUCCGCUCUGUGGCACAGAAAGGACUGGCGCCACUUGCAAUUGGCAUGACAGUCUUCCUCGGACAUGCCGUGCUGCUGGCUGUUGACGGCUGCAGCAUCAACCCGACACGCUCAUUUGGCCCUGCUGCCAUCAGUGGGACGUGGGACAACUUUUGGAUCUUUGUGGUUGGGCCCAUCGUGGGAGCCAUGUUCUCAGGU